AUGGUGGCUUUUACUACUGCUCUAUGGUUCAUAUGGAAUUCUAGAAACAAGGUCAGAUUUGAUGGUGUAGUGGUUCAUGCAACUAAUGUGUUUGGGAUGAUUGUUGGGCAUAUUCAAGCUUCUAGUUGCCUUGUUACUGGAGUAAUGCAUAACUCAAUUCUUAAUCUUCGUGUGUUGAAGUGUUUUGGGGCUAGUUGUAAUCCUCGCAAUGCUCCUACAGUUUUUGAGGUUAUUUGGCGCCCUCCUCCUUCUGGAUGGGUUAAGGUUAACACUGAUGGGGCUUGGAGAAGAGGUUUAGGUGUGGGAGGCUAUGGUGGUGUUUUCAGGAAUGAUCAACGGUGUUUUAUUGGAGCCUUCUCUUCUUCUCUUGAUAUUCCUAGCUCAGUUGCAGCAGUGGUAAUGGCGGUUAUUAAGGCAAUUGAGCUUGCUUGGGUGAGAGAUUGGAAUUAUGUUUGGUUAGAGGUGGAUUCUCAAAUUCUGCUAGACCUUCUUUGUUCUCCCAUGUUAGCUCCUUGCACUACAAAAAAGAAUUCAUUUGGCUUCACCAGUUAG